GAGGUGGGGAGGCGUCUCCCUCCCUGCCUCUCCCUCUAAAGCGCGCCCCAGAGACACCCAGAGAGAGAAGACGAGUCUGAGGCGCCCACUCUCGCUCUCCUCCGCACCGGGCAUGGCUUCCACGACGGCGGCGUCCUUCCUCCCGCGCGGGAGCCCCUUGCUGCUCCCCCCGGACCCGCCUUCGGAGCGCCUCCCCCCGGGCGCCGCCGCCUUCCGCGAGGUGCAGAAGAUGAUGCACCACGAGUUCCUCCAAGGCCUCGCCGCCGCCCCGGGACCUCCGCUCGGCGCUCUUCCCCCGAACCAGUGGGGCCCGGCGCCCGGAGCGGCGGAUUGGGGCCACGGCGCGGGGGCAGCGGGGGGCGGCGCGUUGUUAGAGGCUUCCAAGGGGGUGCCCCCCACUCGUGCUGAACUGGGGGGGUUCCGUGGCGGCGCCUGGGGGCAGAGCAGCAGCCCUGGAACUGGAGCUUCCGUGGGACACCACCACCACCUUCAUCACCACCACCACCAUCCCCAUCACCCCUCUUUAGGGGGGUGUUCCUCCCCCCAGCAGCAUCAACAACAGCACUACUCUCAGGCCUUUCCAGGACCCCCGAAUGGGAUGCUGAAUGGGAUGCUGCAGUUGCCGCCCCAUGGACACGAAGCGGAGCUCUUGGAGGGGCUCCAGCACCACCAUCCCCAUCAUCCUCACCACCAGCAGCAGCAGCACCACCAUCCCCAGCAGCACCACCACCAGCACCCGCUACAGCAGCCGCAGGAGGAGGAGGAAGAGUCGGCGCCCAGCUCCGACGACCUGGAGGCCUUCGCCAAGCAGUUCAAGCAGCGGCGCAUCAAGCUGGGCUUCACCCAAGCCGACGUGGGUUUGGCGCUCGGCACGCUGUACGGCAACGUCUUCUCGCAGACCACGAUCUGCCGCUUCGAGGCCCUCCAGCUCAGCUUCAAGAACAUGUGCAAGCUCAAGCCGCUGCUGGGGAAGUGGCUGGAGGAGAGCGACGCGGCCGGGAGCGGGAGCCCGUCGGGCGCGGAGAGGAUCGGCGGGGCGGGCGCGCAAGGGCGGAAGCGCAAGAAGCGCACCUCCAUCGAGGUGGGCGUCAAGGGCGCGCUGGAGGGCCACUUCCUCCGCUGCCCCAAGCCCUCCGCCCACGAGAUCGGCGCCCUGGCCGAGGCGCUCCAGCUCGAGAAGGAGGUCGUCCGCGUCUGGUUCUGCAACCGGAGGCAGAAGGAGAAGCGCAUGACGCCCGCGCCGCCCGGGAACGCGCCGCUCGCCUUGGAGGACUACCAGAGCGGCGGGCCCGGGACCCCCGCCACGCCCCCGCCCCACGCGCUCCGGCCCGCCCUCCACGCGCUGCAGGGACCCCCCGGGCAGUGAGCCCUCCUCGAAUAUUUAUUUGGGAACGGACCCGGGACAGAGACCCUCCCGCCUCCAGCCAAAGACCCCCGCCCCCCCCCCCCCCGACGGACCCGCGCCGCUUCCUCUGCCUCUGCCCCCCCCCCGCCCUCUAUUUAUGUCACAGCCACUAUUUUAUUACUCGCAUAAAAAGAAAACAUUUAUUAUCCAAAAGGAGAUGCCUCUCUCUCUCGCUCGCCCGCCUGAUGUCUUUUCUCCUCCCUUCCCGGCGUCGACGGGAUCCUCUCUCUCUCUCUCUCUCUCUCUCUCUCUCUCUCUCUCACUCACUUCGGGCGGCUCUUUC